AUGGGCAUUCAGACGGCGAAGACCCCACGCUCUUGCCAAGGCAACCGCAGAUGCCGCCGAUGCUCCAAUAGACAAGCCGUCAUCCGCAAAUACGACUUGAUGCUUUGCCGUCAGUGCUUCCGUGAGAACGCUAAGGCUAUUGGGUUCGAGAAGCAUUAA